GGUACAAUAUUGUAUUGUUUUUUGGAAUAGCAACACUGUUUCAAAACUGCUGGCUGCGCGUCCAUAUCAAGUGAGUUUCAUCUGUGAAGUACGGGAUCAAUAGAAAUUAAAAUCCUCACAUACAAACGUGUUAAUAUUCGCUAGUUGUGUUCUCCGUCAGUGAUUAUUGUGAUUUGGCGUCGAAUGGGGGUCGGCCACUCUAUAAUGCGCGGACAUUCCACAAACGAAAGACAGAAGUGAAAUGUCGGGGACAUUGUAUAAACCUAACAAAGUGAAGUGCACUUUCUGAAUGCGACAAUGAAAUAUCGCUAUGUAGGUACAGUGUAAGGACUGAAUAUAUGCUUAACGCUUUUUCAAAUUACUGUUUACGUUCGUGAUUAGUGAUGCGGCUGAGAUGAUGUGGAUUAUUGCGGUGGUGGCCGUAUCAAUAGCGGCGCUCGCGGCCGCUGAGCAAGUGCUUUUGCUGGAUACCACCACGGAGGCAACAUUGGGCUGGACACGUUUCCCUUACGGCCCACAAGCGAGCACAUUAGGAUGGCUGGAAGAAUCCUACACCAACUUCGAGAAACAAAUCAAUUGGAGAUCUUACGUUGUUUGCGACGUAGCACACAACAACGUUAACAACUGGCUGUGGACGCCUUUCAUCGAGAGAAGGAACGCAAACCGAAUUUACAUAGAGAUCAAGUUUACAAUCCGUGACUGCUCUCUAUUCCCUGGAAAUGCUUUGAGUUGUAAGGAGACAUUCAGCCUAUUGUAUUAUGAGUUCGACGUGGUCACCCGCGAACAGCCGCCGUGGGAGCCCGAGACCUACAAGUUGGUGGGUCGAAUUGCAGCAGGUGAAGGCAGAUUCAAUACUAAUUCUGAAGUGGAUAUAAAUACGGAAGUGAAGAGCAUAGCAGUCACCAAAAAAGGUGUGUACUUUGCAUUUAGAGAUCAAGGAGCCUGUAUUUCUAUUUUGGCUGUCAAGGUGUAUUAUAUCACCUGUCCCGAAGUUACUGUUAAUUUUGCAAGGUUUCCGGCUACUCCAACUGGAAGAGAAGUGACUGUAAUUGAGCAAGCGAAUGGAACUUGUGUGGAGAAUGCUGAGAUAGCACCAGGUGAGGCAGCUCCUGUCUAUUUAUGCAAAGGUGAUGGUAAAUGGACCCUUCCCAGUGGUUCCUGCAAGUGCCGGGCUGGUUUUGAAUCUGACCAUCAUAACCAAAUAUGCAAAGAAUGUCCUCCGGGCAAGUUUAAAUCCCACACAGGUGAUGACCCUUGCAUACCAUGUCCUGACUACUCAAAGUCAACAGCUUAUGCUGCAGCUGAAUGCAAAUGUGUACCUGGAUUUUAUAGAGCUAAAAAUGACCCUAAAGAUAUACCAUGUACACAACCCCCAUCAGCUCCAGAUAAUUUGACUGUAACAUUUGCUGACCAAUUUUCAAUAUCGCUUACAUGGCAACCGCCACACAAAACUGGUGGCCGUAAUGAUGUCACAUACAGGGUACACUGUUCUAAUUGCGGACCAAGUGCAGAGUAUAAACCAGCUGCUUCCGGACUUAACACCACUCGAGUCACAAUAAUAGGUCUGGAUCCAGUAACGGAGUAUAAAUUUCAAGUAUUUGCAGAGAAUGGAGUCACAGAAUUGACUGGGGAGCCCCCAAAGAAAGUUGAAAUAACAGCUAUUACUGAAGCCUCAGUUGUCAGUGUUGUAUCAAAAUUGAGAGUAUUGAAUGUAGAUAGUGACAAGAUAUCCCUUUCUUGGAAUCCACCCCCUAUUGAUUUAACAGACCCAGAUGAUGCUAUUGAAAGUUAUGAGGUUAAAUGCUUCCCAAAAGACAAUCUGGAGAAAGGAGCAAAUACUACGUUGAAGAUAACCAAAGAGCCACAUGCAAUUAUGACUGGUCUGAAAAAAGAUACUGAGUAUGGUAUUAGAGUAAGAGCCAAGAUGAAACGCGGUUGGGGUGAAUUUAGUGGGAUUGUUUAUGCUCAUACUACAAACACAGUGCCCGAAACAACCUUUGUGGGUGAAGAAGAAGGUGCUCAAGUAAGAUUAGUAGCAGGAGUAAUGGUUGCAGUAGUAGUCAUAUGCGUGGUUGCCAUCAUUGUGACCGUCCUCUUUUUACGUUCGCGUGCCGAUGACGAAUGCGACAAGAAGCAGCCAAAUGAUUGCAAUGCACUCAACUACAGAAAUGGCGAAGUUUACACUGGUCCAGAAAGACCUGCAAAGACCAGCAGUAACGCAACGACACCGCUUUUCGCUGGCACUGGUUCUCGCACCUACAUAGACCCACACACAUACGAAGAUCCCAACCAAGCAGUGAGGGAAUUUGCUCGAGAAAUUGACGCAUCUUGCAUCACUAUUGAAGCAAUUAUCGGCGGCGGUGAGUUUGGUGAUGUUUGCCGAGGAAAGCUAAAAGUGCCGGCCAGUUGCGGGCAGGAAAUAGAUGUCGCGAUAAAAACACUAAAGCCGGGCUCGACAGAGCGGGCGCGAAGAGACUUCUUAGCAGAAGCGUCUAUAAUGGGUCAAUUCGAACAUCCCAAUGUUAUAUUUUUACAGGGUGUCGUUACUAAGUGCAAUCCCAUAAUGAUAAUUACUGAAUUCAUGGAGAACGGAUCGCUAGACACGUUCCUGCGAGCGAACGACGGCAAAUUCCGUGUCCUACAACUUGUGGGAAUGCUGCGCGGCAUCGCCACAGGAAUGCAAUAUCUCUCUGAAAUGAAUUACAUACACCGCGAUCUCGCCGCUCGCAAUGUACUUGUGAAUUCUCAACUUGUUUGCAAGAUAGCUGACUUUGGGCUAUCGCGCGAAAUAGAAUCUACAGCAGAUGGUGCGUACACGACGCGCGGCGGCAAAAUCCCGGUGCGAUGGACUGCGCCAGAGGCUAUCGCAUUUAGGAAAUUCACAUCAGCCAGCGACGUGUGGUCUAUGGGUAUCGUUUGCUGGGAGGUGAUGAGCUUUGGCGAGCGACCCUACUGGAACUGGAGUAACCAGGAUGUGAUAAAGUCGAUAGAGAAAGGAUACCGCCUCCCGGCCCCUAUGGAUUGCCCCGAAGCUGUUUACCAACUUAUGCUGGACUGUUGGCAGAAAGAGCGUACACACCGACCGACAUUCUCUAGCAUUGUUACGACCUUAGACAAACUCAUCAGGUGCCCUGAUACCUUGCGGAAAAUAGCUCAGAAUCGUUCAGCGGACCCUCUAGCCGGCGAUACACCAGAUCUGGUGCAAUUUUCGUCAGUAGAGGAGUGGCUGGAGUGCAUCAAGAUGUCGAGGUAUAUAGAGAAAUUCCGGGCGGCGGGUAUCACAGAUAUGGAUGCUGUGGUCGACCUGACUGUGCAUCAGUUGGCAGCUCUUGGUGUCACACUCGUGGGCCACCAAAAGAAGAUCAUGAAUAGCGUGCAAAGUAUGCGCGCGCAUAUUCGCGUCAGUGGCCCUUACGGCUUUUUGGUGUGAGUGGAAAUAAGUGAUAUAAACCAGAGCAAUGACAAGAAAAUGUGUUGAACAGCUUGUAUAUUUUUUUAAAAAGACUUCCAUGAUUGGAUUUUGACAUGGACAAAGUGCUUAACUGAUUUAACUUACUGAAAAGUGAAUUAUUGUAGGCUGUUCAUAUUCUGUUGUAUUUCUUAUUGUACAAUUAUAAUUUAGUAUACUUCCCAAAUACAUUGAAUCUUUAUUACCGGCCUAAAUGACUAGAACAUGUUUAAAAUUCUUCUAUAGAAAAGCUUAAGUGAUGUAUACAUACAAAAUACAACGAAUUACAGAGCCAUAUAGUUUAUAAUCUUACACUAUCUAUUUUUUAUUUGUACAAAUGACAAAAAGUAACUAAAAUCUCAAAAAUUGCAUUUAUACUGAAAAUGAUAACUUCCGAACCAGUGUUCAAGAAAAAAGAUGGCUGCUAAUUCAAAUGUGAUUAUUAUUUUAUAGUUUAUCGUUUUGUUACACAUUUUAUUGUGAAUUACAUUUAUUGCUAUUUUAGAUGUAAGUUAACAUAAUAUUGAGGUGAUUGACUGGAUUUUAAUUUUAUUAUAAGAUUAUUAAUUGAAGAUUUGGCAGAUAUGAAGUAAUAUACAAAGCAUGUGUACUUAACUAUUUAUUACUCUGAGGAGUAUAAGUUUUUUUUUAUUUUGACAUUUGUCUGUCCAUAAUAAAUUUUCAGUAAUCAUGUUUGACCAUGCCCACCAUGGUAAUUAACUAAUUUUUUUUUAAUUUGGCAGUGAAUUAUUUUUUCUAAAGUCAUAUUACUUCAUACCUGCAUGCCAUAAUCACAAUGGAAAAUUUAUAACAUUUUGUAAAAACUAAGAGUUAUAAAUGUAGCUAGCCAAUUUUGGAGAAGUAGUUAUUUGUAUAUUCGUGAUGAUUCUCGAUUUUUUAUAAAACUAUCUAACAAGGUAAUUUAAUAAUUAAGUGUCAAAUACUCAUGUCCUUGUUUUUAACAUAUAAAUCGUACUGCCAAUGUGAUUUAGGUACUUAAUUAUGAAUUUAUAUUUGUGUUGUAUUUUAACGCAUAUUUUGGAACGUUUCGACCCUGCAUGUAAAUAAAAAGCUGACUGUAAAUCUUAUUUUAAAUGCAAUAUACCCUUAAACUUAAUACCACAACAUCCUUCCUUAACAGAUUGAAAAAAAGUUGGUAUACAAACUUUUCUUCAAUAACUUCAAACAAAUAAUGAUCAAAUGUAUAAUGUAUAAGCUUUAAAAUUAUUAAGAAAGCAACUUUAUUUAUUUUACUUUAAUGUUAAUUUAGUUUUGUACCGUCCUCUUAACUUCAAUAUGAAUGUAGAAUUAAUAUCAUUUAUAUGACUUAUGUUUAAAUAACUACAAAUGGAUGUAGUUCAAUUUAGCCCCCAAAAAUUACUAUCAAAUAUAGUAAAUGAUCACCAGAAUUAAAUGAAUUCCCAGUUAAUUUCCCAGUAUUAGUAUAUCAUAAAAAAAUUACUACAAAAUUUUAAUCGACAGUUUAAUGACAACAUCGCCACAUUCAUAUCAUAAACGACCAUUUUUGAGGAUCAUUUACUCUAUCGGUGUACAUUUUUUGGUAUUAGCGUAAAUAAAAAUUAAUUUAUAGAUCAUUUAUAUUAUCCUAUUUAGUUUAAAAAAAUCAUUUACAGUUUUGCACACGUCUAAAAUGCCAUUAUAUAACUCGCUUUGUUAGUGUGCAAAUCUCUAAGGCUUACACGGGCCGGAGGCAAAGCGUAGUCGAAGGCGUGUAUUUUGUAUCAUAUAGGUUUGUAUGAUACAGUUCACACGCAAUUACGACCGCCGUACAAAUCAAAGCCUUCUGCUCUGGCGCCGCUUCCUGCGCCCGACGCCUUCGGAAAUGCCAAUAUAGUAUAAUAAGUGCUUCGCUUCUUUUAAUAAUUUAAAAAUCUGCUUUGCGAUUGUUGUAUGCUAAGCGACCGAAUUAUAAAAUGCUUGAAGCGAUCAUGUAUAUAUUAUAAUGUUCGUGUUUUUUGCGGAUGUGACAAGGUAAUUUUAAAAAUAUGUGGCUGCAAUCAACUUUUUGUCAAGUUAGACUGAGUCAUUUUACUCACGCGACAUUUUACAAUUUUUGCGGAAAUUAUCUUAGAAAGGGCUCAUUAUGACAACACAUUUGACUCUGCUGUAACAGAGAAACUUGAGCAUACCUAAUAUAUCUGGAAACGUAACAUUAUAAUAGCCAAAUAAAUACCUAGUUGACAAAAAAUAAAGUAGUACAAUGCAUGAGCUGUCAUUAUAUAUACGGUAACUUUUUAUAGGUCAGUGUAAAUUGAAACUUAAUGUGACGCAAAACGGGUGUAUUUAUUAUUAUUAUUUUUUUUACAAUUUUACUUGCUCAUUAAAUCAUUUUGUCAUCAUGAUUUUAUAGUCGUAUAAAGUCCAUUGCAAGACGACUGAUGACGACUCUUUAUAUACGAGUUGUAACGUUUUCAGACGACCUCACGCAGAAUUACAAUAGUUUUGUUGGGCACAGAUUCAUCAAGUUUACAUUGUAAUGUAUUAUGCAGUUUGUACGUCAAACUAGAUUGACCUUUUCAUAGUCUGCAAGUAAAUCUCGUGCAUUUAUAUUAUCUAGUUAACAUACUUUCUGAUUAAAUAUAAAUUACUCGUACUCACUAAUCAGGGAUAAUGCUGCUAAGACCUUUGAUGAAAUACUUAUUAAGCUUUCCUUUAUACAGAACGAGCUUACAUUCGCAACCUUAGGACAGAAAUGUAAUUACGCAUUCUAAAUCCGGUUUUUACGCUACUACAUUUAAAUGGGGUGUUGUUUUCUCAGCGUUCAUGUUAAUAUAAGUUUUUCUAUGUCUCUCAUUUCUUGAAAACUUUCCAAUGAGCUAGUUAUAUUUAGAAUGAAGUUGGCACUGAAUAAGUUUCAACAUUUUAAAACUUAACGAAAUGAUGACGAUUGUCAAGUAAAGAUAAAAAAUAUUGAAAAUUUAGUUUAAUCCGUUGUAUCACAAAAUAUAAAAAUCAUGUGACAUUUAUAAAAAUAAUGCCUGAUCUGACUGUAAUUUAUAUAUAUUAAAUAUAGUUUUUUUUACGAGGAAAUGCGAGAGAAAUUCUAGAUUUAGGCGUGAUUCCUAUGAUAGUCGUACCUUGAUCUGUGAGUCCACGUCAGCUACUAACGAAUUUGAAUUAUAUGUAAUAGGAAUGACUUAUUUAAUUUAUAGUUAAAUUUCAGAGAAUAAUUUUUUUGAAAUAACACUCUGAGCGGUAAAAUAAUAGUUGGGUUUAUCGUAUUGCUCAUUCAUUCCUUGCAACAUCAAUUUAUUAUCAGUACCCAGUAAUAACUACUAAUCGUAUAGAUAAGACAUCCUUUCAUGUUUUCGAUAAGUCGAGAAUGUUCUUAACCUUUUUUAAAGUUACUACAUUUGAGUGCUUCUUAUUGCAUAGUAAUUAUUGGGGAUUUAAUUUUAGAAUAGUUUAUUUCAAGGAAUACUUUCAUUUCCUCAUCUGACAAGCUAUGAUUCGAUAUUAGUUAAAAAUAAAAAGUAAAACAUCCGUUAUUUUCAUGUGCUAAGGUUGUAAAAUUAUUAUUUAAAAAAAUUUGAAGUACCGUUGUAUUUGUCUUACCUACCUGAUAAAUAGAGCAGGUAGACAUUUUUUUUUAAAUUGGUAUAUCUUUUGCCGUCGUUCCGACCUUGCAUUAGGCCAGUUUUUCUUGUAUCUCUUACGUAUGUGACUAAAGGCUUGCAUGACAGAUUAAAUUGUCUCCUGCCUUAUUUGCAUUUUUUAAAUGAGAACGCUUUAAACCAAUUAUUCGUAUGUCUUUUUAAGACUUUCUUUAGAAUGUGUCGAAUUUACAUUUAAAAUAGGUACAAGAAAAAUUUGCAAUUCUAUCCGAACUAGACUAGCCUUAUGGCUCUAAUAUUUAAAAUCUUGACCUGUAUGCUCAAGUUAUAAAACUAUUUAUAAUAUCUUAAAUAUAAUUAUUAUAUUCUUAGAAUAAUUUUCAACAGUGUUUAUAAUCUUUUAUCUAAGCAUUGCUAAAAAUGUUUUGUUAUUUUGAGCCCGAAUAGAUAUUCCUAUCGAAACGAGUGCAAAGGGACCGUGAGAUAUUUUAAUCAGUGAGCUGCUUUCGGUUUUAUUUUGAAGCACGGCCGAACACGAAAAUCAUAACUACAUUCACAAAUUUCUCUCGUUACACAAACAAUUUCUAACUUUAUCCUCCCAACAUGACUUUUAAUUGAUGUUUCCUCUGAUACUGCAUCGUAAUUACCCCAGCAGAGUGGCUUCAAAUUAGGUUACCUUAUUUUAAAGUCUUCCUGUCAACUUUCACAUACGGGGCACAUUUAAUUGCGUUUGUCCAUUGUCUAAAAUCCAAUGGCAUUUUUAAACUACUGUUUGCACAAAAGAUGACGGGUGUCUCCUGUCUAAUAACCCGCAGAACCUGUAAUGAAGGCUCCUUCAGUGCUUGCAUCAAGCUCCCCUAUUCAUUACGUGCCAAUCUUGUGUGUAAUUACUGUCACUCCCGGUUUCCUUUACGACUUCAGUGUAGUUAUAAUGUCUUACGUAACUUCAGCUGGCAAUUUUUGCCUUUUCAGCGUGAUCCGGACUUACGUUCCAUUAGGAUGUUGCAUUUUAAACA